AUGGUCCCGCCGCCGCUGCCCCGCGGCCGCCCGGGCCCAGGGCCGCCCGCGCCCGGCAGGUCCCCGCGCCCGGCCCGGCCUCGCGCAGCGCCGCCCGCGCGCCGCCGGGAGCAUCGCCCUCCGCGCGCCCGGCCGCCGCCGCCCCAUUGGCCGCCGCCCGGCCACAUGCAAAUGUGGCGGCAGCGCCGCCCGCCCAUUGGCCGUUCGCCGGGCUAUGCAAAUGAGAGCGCUGGGAGACGCCCAUGCUCCGCUGUCGCAUGGAGACAGCGGCGGGAGCCGGGCGGGGGCUUCGCUGGGCCGGCGAGGGCACGGCGGCGCCGGGGAGCACCGCCCGGGCACCCACACAGCACCCACAGAGCACCCCUCCUGCGGGGAGCACCGCCCGGGCACCCACACAGCACCCACACAGCACCCACAGAGCACCCCGCCUGCGGGGAGCACCGCCCGGGCACCCACACAGCACCCACACAGCACCCACAGAGCACCCACAGAGCACCCCUCCUGCGGGGAGCACCGCCCGGGCACCCACACAGCACCCACACAGCACCCACAGAGCACCCCUCCUGCGGGGAGCACCGCCCGGGCACCCACACAGCACCCACACAGCACCCACAGAGCACCCACAGAGCACUCUGUCCGCGGGGAGCACCGCCUGGGUACCCGCUGGUGGAGAGCACAGCCCCGGCACCAAAAGGCCAGUCAGCUGCCUGGUUUCAUCUGUCUUAUUUCGAAUAA